AUGCUGCCGGCCCGCCACGCUGACGGCACGGAGAGCAUGCUGCCGAACCCCGACACGGACGACACGCACGGUCGGCACGCUGUCGGGCCCCGACACGGACGCCACGCUCGACGCCAGCACGGACAGCAUGCUGCCGGACCCGGCUUGGACGCCACGCUUGACAUCUGCACGAAGGGCACGCUGCCAGACCCCGGCGUUGACGCCACGCUGGACAUCUGCACUGUCGGCAUGCUAUCGGACCCCGACACGGACGCCACGGACGCCACGCUCGACGGCACGAUGGCGGAACCUGGCGUGGACGCCACGCGCGACCACGGCAUGGUCGGCACGUUUGCGUACCCCGACGGCAUGAUGCCGGACCCUGACCUGGACGCCAUGCUCGGAGCUGGCAAGGUGGGCACGCUGAUCGGACGCCACGGUUGA